GUUCUUUCUCUUCGCUAUCCAGCCCUCCGAGUCAAGUAAGUUCCCCUUUCCUUCUAUACUUUUCCCGGUCAUGUCCCCUCUUAGCGAUAGGGUCUCUUCCUCAGAGGACUGCUCCUCUGGGAAUUCCAACUCCUCUUCCUCAACCAGGUCUUCUUCUCUCGACUCCUCGCCCGGUCAGGUUCCCCAGUCCUCUAUUCCUGACCCGCAUCCCGUUAAUCAGAUGCCCGGUGAAACCUUCGUGGGGAGGGAUGACCCGGUCGAUGACGAACCAGGUCCCUAUGAUCCCGAACACGAAACCCGGGAUGCGUGGGAAGCGCGGCUUCACGCUGCCGGUUACUUUCCGCUUCCCACUUUCUAUGUCCUUGACAUACCUUCCCGUGUGUCCAAAAUUGCUUUAAAUAAAAUCCGUAGGAGGCUCCCGGAUGGGUAUACCCUCCUCUACGAACCCAACUGGCCCAACAUCGUUGAACCCCACCGGGAAGAUAGGAUAGGGUUUCAUACCAUUUCCCUGGACGCGGGCAUAGUUUUUCCCUUUCGUCCCCUCCUUACUGAGGUUUGCCAUGCGUUUAGGAUUUUGCCCGGCCAAAUAACUCCUAACGCCCACCGGUACCUCCACUCCUUCGUAAAUAUAUGUACCCAUCUCAAAAUCUUCCCUUCUUUGCGUCUUUUCCUUUUUUGCUUCGAAGUUCUACCGGGCGGGGCUGGCUGCGAAGGUUUUGUAUUCUUCAAAGCCCGCACCGGUAGGAAGUUCAUUUCCGAAGUCCCCCAGAGUAACCGGGGAUGGAAGGAAAAGUUUGUUUUCAUCGAGUUUCCCCCCUUCUUCACUCCUCUGGCCGGUCUGAAAUGGAAUGACCAUCUGCUCGACCAAGAGUACACUGCACCGGCUUCCUCCCAGACUUGGAAGCGAAUCUUGAGGUCCUCAUGCGUGGGGAUCCUUUCACCGGGAGGACGUUUCAUUAUGGCAGCUGGGUUUGGAGGGUCGAAUCGGGUGGCGAGGGUACCUCCCCGGCCCAUGACGCAGCGGGGCGCGGGGUAUCCUCCCCGGGCAACACUGCGGAGGCUGAGGGCAACUCCCACCCAGGGGAAGAAGAAGGAGAAGGCCGGUCACCGGGUUAAGAAGGUGGCCACCACGCACCCUUCUUACGCCAAGAAGAGGGCUAGGCAGGAUUCUGAGCCGGCCGGCCAGACCAUCGAAGAAGCCUUCAUCAAUCUGGGGUUGAGGCUGAAGGAGGCGGGGGAGAUCGGGCCGCAGACAGUGGACCGGCUGGGAAUGAGUUCCUCUUCUGAAGUCAACCGGCUGAAGAAGGAGAAGGAAGAAAUGGCACUCAUUCUGAGGAGCCAGGCUGAUGAGCUGAUCUGGCUGUCUGGGCUGGCCGGGGCAAUGAAGACUGAGAUCUCCCAACUGAAGGAGGAGAAUGGCCGGUUGCUGGACGAGGUCUCUGAAGCAAAAAGAGAGAUGGCGGAGAAGGAAGAAAACUUCCCCGGGCGCGCAGCCGCCUGGGUUGAAGAAAACAAGGCUGAAGCUGCCCGGGUUCUGACGGCGAGUCCAGAAGCUACCAUGGAAUCCUUCAGGCUUCUAUACCGGGAGCCUGAAGGAAGGAAGAUGAUUACCGCCGUCGGAUCUUUCGGAUUCAAGUGCGGUCAAAAAAAAGACCGGGCAGCUUCCCACCGGAUCCUCCUGAAGAGAGACCCGGCCUUCACUGCGGCUUCCUACGGCCUGGCUCCCAUCCCAGAGGAAGAGCCUACUCCCCCUUUCCCCUUAGAUUAGGAUCUCCCCGUCCUAGACCGGUUGUUCUUUAUAAAACUUCUCAACUUGAAAUUUCCCCGGGGAUGCCUGGUGUAGCUGUAAACACUUAACAAU